UUAAUAUAAGAAUAGAUCAGCAGCAAAGGAUCGAUCGAGUUUGGAUCAAUGUCAGUAGUGGGGUGAAGAGAGAAAUCUAUUUGGAGACUUAUUGCGGCGGCGCGUAAUAAGAAUUAGUUAGCUAUUAGCAAGGCGAGCCGUGAAGCUAAAAAGUUGAAGCAUCCACUUUAGAACGAGAACGAGUGUCCGAUUGGUGCAGAAUCUGUUCAACGUACAUACACCUGUGACCUGGUGACUGCGGAUUAAUCCAGCUGCAGUGUAUAUCAGCUCUUUGUGCGCAUUCUAUCUACUUUCGACACACUAGAAUUAUCAACGCGAAUUUUGCCGUCUCAUUUAAUCUCGAACGGGAUGCAGGCGGUGGAUGAUCCCCUCUGCCGGGAACCUUUAAUAUCCGUCGAGUUUGAAGUUUUUGGAAAAGUGCAGGGUGUAUAUUUUCCAAAGUAUGUGAAGGAUAUAUGCUUGCAAUUGAAAAUCUGUGGUUGGGUGAAAAAUAGUAAAACUGGCACGAUCCUUGGAAAGAUGCAAGGACCUCGAGCGCUUGUCGAUCAGAUGGCACAGUGGUUGACAUCAGUGGGCAGUCCAGGUAGUGAGAUACAUCACUGCGAGUUUACAAAUUGGGAAACUGUUACAAAGCAGCAAUAUCAAGGUUUCAUGAUUCGUUUUUAAGAAUAUAUCGCACAGUUGAACAUGUACGUUUAAAUUCUAUAUUAAUGCACACUAAUUUGAUUUACAUGUGAUAUAAGAUAUGCUCAAAAAUUCCGUAACAUCUGGAACAGUUGUGCGAUAAUUGUACAAAAUAUUUUACUUGACUCUUUACGUACGAUUUGAUCGAAACA